GACGACAAAGUGAAAACCGCUACGAGGAGCCGUUUCGGACCUGACCGAUCUGUAUGGAUGAAUACCCGACGAGCUCCGGCACACCAACCCUACUGAGGAAGAGUUCUCCACAUGACCAGUGAAUACUUUUCAGUCAUUUGAGAAACCGAAUAGUGAGUUGGACCAACCCAGUUACCUAUAACCCGGCUAAGCCCAGAUCAUGUCCACGGCCCAAAUUUCAUUACCAUCUUGCUUUUUGUGUCACACACUCACUCCGCAUCUCGGACUUGUCUGUAAAUUUGACUCUCUCCUCCGGCAUCGUCGCUAUUGAAGUUCUCAAGCCUUAAUCUAUUGAUUAAGCCAUUCCAGGUACAUCCUGCAAGAGAGAAAGAAAGCUGAAGUUCCUGUCCCGAAAGAGAGAAGAAAACUGCCACUAUGAAUGCCCCAGACCGAUACGAGCGAUUUGUUGUUCCUGAAGGGACAAAAAAGGUGUCGUAUGAGAGGGAUACCAAGAUCAUAAAUGCUGCAUCAUUUACGAUCGAGAGAGAGGAUCACACUAUUGGCAACAUCCUUCGCAUGCAGCUGCACCGGGAUGAAAAUGUUUUAUUUGCUGGCUACAAGCUCCCUCACCCACUUCAGUACAAGAUCAUUGUCAGGAUUCACACAACCAGCCAGUCAUCACCAAUGCAGGCAUAUAACCAGGCUAUUAAUGAUCUUGACAAGGAACUCGACCAUUUGAAGAGUAAUUUUGAGGUAAUGUUAUUUGAUGUUCCACCUUCAAAUUGCUGUCUUGCUCAUAUUAGAUUAAGGUGUUUGAGGUUGUAUUCGGAAUGUGUUUGAGAACCUUGAUAGCUCAUCUUAGACUUAUAACAUUGCCAUGCUAUGACCUCUUUUUCCAAUUUCCUUUUCAUGAUAGCUUGAAGGUCAAAACUACAUAAUUUCAUGAUAUAAAAUGAAUAUACCGUGUUAUUUGUAUUUUCUAAAAAUCAUUAAAGGAUUGUGGUUAAUGCCAAACAUAUGAGGAUAAAAGAUCAUGGAUUCAUGGACUUGCAAGUAUACUCUAAUGAAGUACUAGAUCAUUUGUAGUAUGAAUUGAGA